AUAAUGAAUCUACUCAUUAUAUCAAAUGUAAGGAGGUCUAUUUUAAAGAAGACUUAUUUACAAAAAAAAACAGAAAAAUACUGAAUAGAUCGCACGUAAUAUCUUACUACAUUUCUGCAUGUACGUAUGUACCUUAAUUCUCAAACUCUUUGUUUUAAUGCAGCCAGGGCCGUCCCUUCGCUAAGGCACAUAAAACAUUGGCUUUAGGCCACAUAUUUUAAAAACUAAUCUGGUCACAUCCAUACAAAUUGAUGUAGUUAAAAUGGUUAGGUGAAAAUACUUAUUUCUCUCAACCUCAGUUUGAUUCCCUAUCUUGAUAUUCAUUUUACUGUUUUUCGUUUUUAUUAAAAAACCUUCUUAUUGUUUUUACUUUGGAAACAAACUUCUAAUUAACUUAACAUUAAUCUUUGAGCCAAACAUUUUUUUUUUUGUAAAGGCCACAUUUUUUUCAAAUGCUUUAAGCCACACAAAUAUACGGGACGGCACUGAAUGCAGCCACUGCUAAAUGGAGUACUGAGGUAAUAAUAAGUAUAUAGGACUCCAUUAUAUAAUUACUCUCUUACUGUUAUACAAAUCUGUUUUACAUCUUCUAAAUAGCUUAUUCUUAGGAAACAAAUGAACAAAAGAUUUGGCUGCGUAUAUUUAAGACAUCAGACCUUAACUCUGGUUGGAAAUAUGAACGUAAAUAUUUUGACACUUUUUUUUUGCAAAUACGAUACUUUUUUUUUAAAAGAACACAAUCCCUAAAUGCAACUCGAUUGAGAAUUAAGGUUGUGAAACUCGAUUGAGGGUUAAAGAGAGACACGUGACUAUACCUUGGAAAUUACUCUUGGUUGAAAACGAUUUCUCCACCGCAAAUGUUUUCGAUUUUUGAUUCAGAUGUGAAGAUGGAGUUGAACGUGCAAGAGGAAUAUGAUCUGGGGUAGAAGAAGGGUAGAAAUCGAAAUCAAGUAAUGGGGGGGGGGGGGAUUAGGGUUCAUCAAUUCUUCUGUUUUUUUUUGAAUAUCAUGUCGACAAAACCAGUCUCUUAUUAAUGUUUUUCAUAUUUUUUAAAGGGCAAACCUGUGAAUAAUGAAGUAAAGGUUGGGUUUUUGGUAUAUUUUUUGUUUUAUGUUUUAAUCUAGUCUAGUAAUAAUUAAAUUAUAUAAGUUAAAUUAUAUAAUCUAGUCUAGUAAUUUUUUUUUGUUACUUGAGGUGUCCAAAUUAUAUUGAUUAAGUUAACCAAUCUUAACUUUUGAUUCUGUAAUGACAAAAAUACUUACAAUUAAUUCUAACCAAAUUUGUUUUUAUUUUAUUUUAUUAGAUUUUGUUUAUAAAUAUAUCACUUAAAUUAAUUUUUAAAGAUAUAGGUAUUUAUGUUUCUAUUUUUAUUUUAAAGUAUUGGCACCUUUUUAUCAAUUUUUUGGUGAUAAAUCUAGGGACUAGGGAGUUCACAUCCACUUUAAUAUAUAUAUAUAUACGGUACAAUGUAUUGUAAACCUCGUCCAAGAACCUGAUGGCAUUGGUGAAUCUUCCAUGGGAGUUGGUUGAAGAGAUCAUCUCUCGGAUUCCACCAGAAUGUCUUGUUAGAUUUAGAGUUGUUUGCAAACAGUGGAAUAAUCUUUUCCAUGAGAAAAGAUUCAUCAAGACCCAAUUGGAUCAUGCAUGUCCACAAUUCGUCUUAUUUGACCAAAACAAGAUAUUUUUAAUAGAUGUCAAUCUUGAUGAUCUAGCAAUACAGAUGCAUCAAAUUUCUGUAGAUAUUCCAUGUGUGUUAUCUAUGACUCCUUUCAUUACCACUUAUUGCGAUGGGUUGUUGAUUUGUGAUCUUUUCUUUAACGGGACUGCCGUUUGGAACCCGCUGUUGAGACGCGGUCGACAAAUUAUGACCAAAAAUAUUCGAUUUAAGUUAUGUGGGAUAGGAUACGAUAGUAAUAGAUCCGAAAUAAGUUACAAGUUAUUUGGGUAUCAUUAUUAUUACGAACACGAUUAUAAACUUGAAAUAUAUGAGUGUGCAUCUAAUACGUGGAAGUAUAUCAAUGCCCCUUACGAAGAAUGGCCAAUAAAAGAACCGUUAGAUAAUCAUAUAUCACUUGGUGGAAAUUCGUAUUGGACUGCUUAUAACAUCGAGACUAGCGAGUAUCUCAUCCGAAAAUUUGAUUUUUCAAAGGAGAUAUUAAAGAAUUUUUGUAUUCUACCGUGUAAGAAGAACCAUGAGGGAGAUACUCAUUACCUCUCGGUUUUUAGAGGAAACCGGUUUUCAAUGUUAGAACAAUGCUAUGGAACAAAAGAGAUUGAGAUUUGGGUUACAACAAAGAAAAUCCAAAAUGGGGAUGAGGAGAAUGUGGUAUGGGUUAGGUUCAUGAAUGUCUCAAUACCUGAAAUACCUAGGUUAUUUCACCAGAGUUUCGGACGUUGCCCAAGUUACUUUGUUGAUUAUAUGUACGGAAAGAGCUUUGUCUUGUGUUGUACAGACGAAAAUAGACAGGGUUCUAUUUAUAUUUUGAGGGGAGGUUUUUCAAGGAAGAUUAAAAUAGAUUCUAUGGGUGUUGAUUUUAAUCACUUUAUUUAUGUUCCAAGUUUCACCCCCAUUCCAUGAGAAAGUUCAGAUUAAGAUAACAAGAAUCAAAAGCUUGCAUGUAGAGUAGAGGGUUAACAUGAGAUCAGCGAUUAUAUCUUGUAUUGCAUUAUGACAAUAUAAUUACAAGUUUAUUGGCUGGAAUAUUGAAUUAUCUUGUGUAUAAAAUUAUAUAUAAGUUUUGUUCCUUUUUUUAAAUAAAACUAGAUCAUGACCCGUGCGUUCGCACAUCUGUUUUUUUACUUGUAAUUAUGGAUGCUUAAUCCGGUAAAACCAAACUAAUUAAAACCGAAACAAACCAAAAUAGAAAAAGUAGUUUGGAUUUGGUAAUAGUGAAUAUAUGGAAUGAAUUAUUUUAUAAGAAACUGAUGUAUAUAGAUAUGGUUUGGAAUAUAAACUAAUCAAACCAAAUAAACCGAUCAAUUAAAAUACUAUAGUAUAAUUAUAUGUAUAUUAUAUAAUAUAAUUAGCAAUAUAUACAUAGUUUAUUUU